AUGGCAUACAUUCUAUUCCCCCAGNCGGACACCACCACCCUCCUUCAUGAGCUCAACAUAACUCGGAAAGAACUCACCACCAGUCGGUCCCGAGUUUCCGACUUGCUCAGGCAACUCACAUCCACCAACCAACUUGUUGAAGCACUUCUCAUUGAGCUUACUCGCCUACGUGAACCUGAAGCAGAUACAGAUCCCACUUCCUCUAGUGAAGUGAAACUUGCCAUCGGGCUUCACAAGCUCCCACUCGGGUACUCCCCCAGGAUGGGAUCUGAUGAGGUCUAUCCUCCGUUUGGAGGAGGUUGUUUGAAGUUCAAAGACGAGUUAGCGCAAUACAUGACAUAUGACAUUGGAAAAGACUGUCCGAUGGAUGAUGUUUUCGCGCAAAAACUCAUGCUCAAGGGGUGUGAGCCACUCCCCAUACGGCGUUGCCACCCCAAGUCGCCUGCCGGUUAUGUGGAGCCAACUCCGCUACCCGACAGCCUCUGGGCAAUGCCACCUGAUAGAAGCAUAAUUUGGGACCCCUACACAUGUAAAAGCUACAAGUGCCUUAUUAACCGGAAAAAUCUUCCAGCGUUCUAUGAUUGUAAUGAUUACUUCGACUUACAGGGGAAAGAGAAGACGCGGUGGCUCCAUGACAAUGGAGGGCUUAAUUUUGGGAUCGAUAAAAUUCUAGAGACAAAACCACGAGGAACCAUUCGUAUAGGACUUGACAUUGGAGGAGGAGCGGGCACAUUCGCGGCCAGGAUGAAAGAGAGGAAUACAACCAUUAUCACCACCUCUAUGAACUUGGAUGGUCCCUUCAACAGUUUCAUUGCAUCAAGGGGACUAAUACCAAUGCAUUUAAGUGCCUCCCAGAGACUUCCCUUCUUUGAGAACACACUGGACAUAGUGCAUUCUAUGCAUGUGCUUAGCAAUUGGAUACCAGAAGCCACGCUCGAGUUCACUCUCUAUGAUAUAUACAGAGUGUUGAGGCCGGCUGACACAACCUACGUUCCAAUGUUGGAUCGUGUCGGAUUCAAGAAACUGAGAUGGAAUGUUGGCAUGAAGCGCAACCGGGGAAUCGAUAGAAACGAGUGGUACUUCUCAGCCCUGUUGGAGAAACCGAUGACCUGA